AUGGUCACUGUUGUGAGUCCAGUACUACAUGUACAUAAGAUCCAUAUCAAUGCCUCAAACUUUACUGAACUGAAAUGUCCUUUAACCAGAUUAAUGGUUGCUUCCCAUUCAGAUUCUGCAGAGGUGAUUCACUCUCGGCUCAAUGAACAAGAAGCCAGAGAGGAAUUUUACGUUCACUAUCUCGAUGUUCACACCGUCCAAUUCUCCCCACAGGUUCCUAGGUUGAAACAUGUGGGCCUUCCAGCUCUGGAUCUUCUUCUGCAGCCUGAUUGGGCCUCUGCAAGACGUUGUAAAAGAAAAUUCCCCAGGAGCCAUAGGAGUCAUCAGCAGAGCAGCUGCAAACAAAUAUGUCAGGGUGUUUCUUCAGAAUUUGCUGAUAAAGUCUCACCUCCUGCUCAUUCACAAGGACAUCUCCCGCACAAAGGACAUCUGGAGCACUGGGUCAAGGACCUGCAAAUAGCUAAAGCGAAGGCCAUUGUAAAAACGGUCCUCUCAGCAUCCCUGCCCAGAUUGGUAAGUAGCUGGCAAACCGUAGCUGGGGAUGGCAGCAGAGAUGGCACUGGGAAAGCCUGGCAAGGAAGCAGCUCAUCUGGUCCUGUUUUCUUCCACAAAAUCCUUGAAGGCAUCUAUCUACAGUUCUCGAGAGACCUCUUGAUGUCUCCAUCGGACAAUGGAUCUGGAAAGUUGGAAGGAAUAGAUCCGAGCACAUCAAAAUCAUGAAGGGGUUCAUCCAUGGGAUAGAAUGCCCUGGGACAUCCAAAGGAGUGGGCAAAAAAGUCAAAAAAGUCAAGCAUGGUCUUCUAUGGGCAUUGUAUGUACAGGUAGUCCUCGAUUUACAACAGUUCAUUUAUUGACCGUCUGGCACUGAAAAAAAAGGAAAUU